CCUGGGCCACUGCCAAGUCGGACCUCUCUAACGCGCUGUAUGAGGCCAGCUACGUCGCCACAACAGCCGACAGCUGGACGGCGCACAACAGGGCCUUCAUUGGCAUGACGUGCCACUGGAUCGGCCAGAAUCUCCGCCGCCAACGUGGCACAUUAGCGUGCAAGGAGAUCAAGGAGAAGCAGACUAAUGUGGUCCUGGCGCAGGCCAUCUAUGACACCCACCAGGAGUUUGGCCUGGGGAACAAGGUGGUAGCCACUACCACGGACAACGGCACCAACUAUGUGGCUGCCUUCAAGUACUUCGGUGCAGGCGAUGUGCCUGUGGAGGGAGAGGAGGAGCAGGAUCCUGAGGUGGUGGUUGGCCAGCCUGCAAACCUGCAUGCCCAGCUGAAGGAGGUGGUUCCUGCUAUGAUUAAGCUGCCCAAACACUACAGAUGUAGUGCACACACCCUCAACCUUAUAGCCACUGCCGACGUCCACUCUGUGCCUGGAUGGAACCAAGGCUUUAGGGCGCCAUUCACAAAGGCUGCUGCAAAAGCCCAGGGGACUUGGAACCUGCAGAACCGCAGUUCUGUGGUGACCAACUCCAUCAAGGAGAAGACUGGGAGGAAGCUGAAAACCUUCUGUGUUACUCGGUGGAACUCCUACUAUGAUGCUAUCCAGAGCCUGAUGGACGUCCUCUCCAACCCAGAGAAGAUGCGGGCGUUGAAUGAGAUCCUCAGCAAGGGAGGGGCGGCGACGUUUAACGAGAUGGAUAAACAUGUUCUCUCUGAGUACCUGAAGGUCAUGCAGCCUGUGGCAGAGUGCCUCGACAGCCUACAAUCCGAGACCAACGCCUACAUGGGCACCUUGAUGCCUGCCUUACAGCUAAUGCAGUUUCAGCUGGAGAGGCUGAAAGUUGACAGGAACCUGCAGUUUGCUCUACCGCUAGUGUCGGCACUACUUGGGAAAGAGGGGAGUGGCAAAGGCUGUUACGGCAGGUUUGCUGACCAGCUUCAGGACGCCGAUAUCCUGAUGGCCACUGCGCUCCACCCCCACUACACCAUGUCCCUGGUGCGGCACUUCAAUCCUGACCAGGCAGCCAACAUCCAGGGCCGUAUCGUCAGGGAGGUGAAGGAAAUUGUGGGCACAGAGCUGGAGAGGCAGCCUGAGGAGAGGAAGGAAAGGGUGGACAAGUUCCACCUUCUGCUCUCCAGUGCCACAGUCCCUGAGGUGAGGUACCAGGAAGAAGUGGAGGAGACAAUUGUAAAAACACUAGAAGACUGGAAAAGGGAGAUGGUGGACAUCCCCCUCAGCCCCAACCUGUUCCCCGCCCGCUACAGGGAUGCCUGGCUGGACCUCUUCAAGAGGUACAACACCCCUCUCCCGAGCUCUGCUGCUGUAGAGAGGCUGUUCAGCUCUGCGGGAGAUAUCUUGCGGGCUAAAAGGUCCAGCCUCAGCAACGUGAACUUCGAGCAGCUGGUGUUUGUAAGGGGCAACAUGCACCUCCUGGACUACAAGGAUGUGGGGCAGCAGCACAUGGAGGAGGAGCAAGACUUGUAAAUUAUAAUGAACUUGUGAAUCAUUUUUAUACCUAGUCAUUUGUGAAAGAUACAUAUAGUAAACUGAAUCAGCAACAUAUCUUUCCUUAUUCCCAUAUCUUCUCUUCCUCUUUUGAAUGAUAUUAACCGGAAUUUUCUGUGUUGCAUGUGUACUGAGGUAUGAUAAUUAUGAUGAGUGUAAAAGUAGUUGCUUUACUUCAGGUGGUGGAGAUUCUAUGCGUUAAAAUGACAAUAAUGAUAACAAAAAUAAUGGUAAUAAUAAUAAUAAUAAUAAUGAUAAUAAUAAUGCUGCUGCAGUAUUGCCUUGUAUUUCUUUUUUUUAAGGUACGGACUAGAUUUUUCAGGCGCGCUUUAAUAGUUUUGGGUACGGUACCGGAGGUGCGGAGGUGCGGUACCGGAACGAGUGAAAAAAUUUUAGGCGCGGAAGUACAGGUACGGACUAUAUGUGUUUCGAGGUGCGGAGGAGCGGUACCGGACUACCCGAUAUCCAGUAACGCGCCCAGCUCUGUUUAUUUC